AUGAGUAAGCAGCAAGAAGGAGGAGGAGCUAUUUUUUUUUUCUUUUUUUUUUCGGAGCUGGGGACCGAACCCAGGGCCUUGGGCUCGCUAGGCAAGCGCUCUUCCGCUGAGCUAAAUCCCCAGCCCCUGGAUGAGGAGCUAUUGAAACGACUGGACGAUCUGAAGGUGGAAAUGUCCCAGCUUCGCAUGACCAAAGUGACAGGCGGCGCCGCAUCCAAGCUCUCCAAGAUACAAGUUGUGUGCAAAUCCAUCGCCCGUGUCCUCACUGUCAUUAAUCAGACUCAAAAGGGAAGCCUCAGGAAAUUCUACAAGGGAAAGAAGUACAAGCCCCUGGACCUGCGAUCCAAGAAGACAAGAGCCAUGCGCUGCUGGCUCACCACGCAUGAAGAGAAGCUGAAGACCAAGAAGCAGCAGCGGAAGGAGCGGCUGUACCCACCGCGCACCGCGCAAGUACAAAGUCAAGGCCUGAGACGGCGACAAUGA